GUAAAAGUAAUCAUGGUCAAUCUUCCACAACAGAUGAAGCUACAAGAAAAAUGCUGAGACCCAGUAAACCAUAUUUAGAUCAAUGUAAAGAUGAAGCAACAGCUAUCAGAGAAAGCAUUAGGCUUUUAAGAGAAAUUGAAGUCAGAAGCCGCAGAGCAGCCAUCUUGUGCUACAAAACUUCAAGUACAAAUGAAUGCUUAUAUAUAUUAUUUGCAGUUAUUAAAGUGAUGGUCGUUGCUGUUGUUGGGAUCAUGACACACAAAUAUCUGUCGAAAAUAGUAGAGGACAAUUUACCAGAAAUCAUGUCAUCGAUAAAGCAGGCUCCAAUUGUCGCACAGGUUAUUGCAGGUAUCCUGGCGAGUUGCAUUGUGUUUCUUGUCGCCAGUGAAGUUCUGAAGUCAUAUUAUGAAGACAGAAGCACACGUUACAACGUGGCAGCCGCAGGAUGGCAAGCCUUGGAGCUAAAGAUCCGUGCUUUCCUGGCAACAGCAAUUGAAGGCAAAGUUUCAUCUGCUGAAUACAAGAUCUUCAUUAAUGAAUGUAUUGAAAAAAGAGAGGAAAUAUGUAUCAAAGCUCGUCCAGAUGAAAAGAUCUACAAGGAGUAUGAAAAACUUACGACCAUGUAUGAUAGAGAUGAAAACGUAAAUGAUAUACAUGUUAUACGAAUAAAUAAGUGUUUGUAUUAAGUUUGAUGGAUUGAUAAAGGCUACAAAAGUAAAAAUGGUUCACUAAACCGUGUACCGACCUACGUAUUUAAGAAUAUGUAAGUUAACCCUACAUAAGUCGCUGAGCUUAUAAACUGACCUUCGUAAAUAAACGCGACAAAAGCCAGUUCCAUAAUUUUACGAAAUCUCCACUAGAAGCAGAGUCCAUUGUAUGAUUUCAACCGAAUCAUUAGCAUGUCUUGAUGAAUCACUAUCAAAUAAGGGGUGUUCGCCAAAGGGUGAUCGUAUCCUGCCCCUCCGGUAGCAUCCAUUACACUUU